GUUCUUUUUUCCGGGUCGGGUUCGAUUGCACGCUACCGUAUACACCAUCUGGCUUCCUCUCACAAGGUGUAAGCUUCCGUUUCUCUCUGGGUUCAAUAAUGGCGAAGGUUCUGUUUUGUAGCCUACGAAGAGCGUCUCCAUUUCUCAGGCGGUCAUCUCCAAAUCCUUUCUCUUUCAGUCUGUCUCCCAGGUUAAUUUUGCAAACCAAAUCAACAAUUUUAUGUCCUUCAGAAUCAGAACUUCUAGCUCCACCAAGCCCUUCAUGGCUUUCCAGAAACUUUAGCCAUGGUACGGUGAACCUCGUGAUAUCACAGGGAAAACCCAAGUUUGAAAUUCAUGAGGUUGAUCCUCCUAAGAAGGAGAAGUGGAAGAACAAGAAGAGACUGAAAUUGCUGAGAAAACGAGAAAAAGAGAAGAGGAAAGCUGCCAAUAGAAAGGACCCACGUUGGCUCCGUGUCAAGGGGAAGAAGAAGCAGAAAUUUGCAAAUGCCGGGGAGAGACUUCAAUACAAGAUUGAGAAGGCUAAAAUCAAGGAAGCCUUACUGAUUGAAAGGCUUAAGAAAUAUGAAGUUCCUAAGGUUCAGGGUCCUAUGGUUGAACCGCAUGACCUGACUGGGGAGGAACGAUUCUAUGUUAAAAAGAUGGCACAGAAAAGGUCCAAUUAUGUUCCAGUUGGCAGAAGAGGGAUAUUUGGAGGGCUCAUUCUCAAUAUGCAUAUGCAUUGGAAGAAACAUGAAACUGUUAAAGUUAUUUGCAAUUCUUGUAAGCCUGGGCAAAUUCAGGAGUAUGCAGAGGAAAUUGCCAGACUGAGUGGUGGGUUACCAAUUCAAAUAAUUGGAGACGACACCAUAAUCUUCUAUCGAGGGAAGAACUAUGUGCAACCAGAAGUGAUGUCACCAAUAGAUACAUUGUCCAAGAAAAAGGCACUUGAAAAGUCUAAGUAUGAGCAAUCACUUGAUACUGUGAGGCACUUCAUUGCUGUUUCAGAGAAGGAGCUGGAGUUGUAUUACAGACACAUCGCACUUUAUGAUGAUCCAAAUGAUAGGAAUCCCAUCUCAAUAUUGGACAGUCCAACAAAACACCCACAGGAAUCAGGGAAACUUAAGAUGCUUGAAAGAGAUGUCGAUGAGGAUUUAUCUCAAUGUCUUUCAGAUUCAGGAACCAAUUCCAUCAAUCAAGAACUAUCAGAAACUGAGGACGACCUCAAAGGUGAGGAUUUAUAUGUAGGCGAAUCUGAUUCGGCAGGUAGCUUUUCUUUUUCUGAUGAAGAAAGUGAAGAAAGCUCUUGUGAGACUUAGGUCAGAUUCUAAUUAGGAUAACACUUCUUUCUUUGUUUAAGAAACUAAAGGAAGCUCUUCCGGGUCAAAAAUAAGAUUAUUCAAAAAGUUGUGCUCAGCUUUGUUGUUUAGAAAUGGGUUUGAUCCCAUAGGCUUCUCAAUAGAGCAAGUAAUUAAGAAAACAUAAAUAGAAAAGGCAUUAUUGAUCUUCAUUGGUAACUUUUGACCUAAAUUUGCUCCCAGGAAAAGUAUUGCAAGCUGAAAUUCCCCUUUUUAUGAGAAAAAGGUAAUGGAAUUUGAAGAUUCUCCAUCCAUCUCUUUACCCUUUUUUUUUUUUCCCUUUUCCAGAGAAAGUCUUCAUUCUGAUGAUGAAAAUUAGAAGAAAAAGAUGGUUUUGGC